AUGACCAAAAAAAUGGCACUCAAAAAAAUAAAAAUGGCGUUCAGUUUGACACAUCAACAUAUAUUAGAUAAAAAUAUUCGUCAUAUCUAUAGUGGAUCAUCAGCUUUACCCCAAUAUAGAGAAUCAACAGAAUUUAAAAGACCAUCACCUAAUAGUAACUUACCAGCUAAAAAGGAGUUAGUUAGAACAUCAGAAUACGUUAGUGACCAUAAAUGCUUCAUACCAAAAGCCCAUGGAUUUGGUAGUUUACCCCCAGAGCAGAUAGAUGAACUAGUCACCAGACUCCGUAAACCAACCAAGGCUAGUGAAGCUAGUGGUAAAACCAGUGAAGAACUUGCUAUAGAGGAACAUUCCAUAGCAUCACCACGAUAUUUAGGUUUAAAAAGUGUAUCUAAAGCCGAACAAGAUUCUAUUGUUCACAAUCUAGGACGACCAACUCAAAUGAGCACAUUAAGAGAAAGAAGCAAGGCAAAUCAACCAAACGCAUACAAUUAAAUUUAUAUUUCCGUUUUUCGUUAAAUGUAUUAGUUCUAUUGCAUAAAAAGUAUCCAUUUGUGAUUGAUGCCUUGUUUUAAUAUGAAGAAGUUAUAUUUGUGUUUAUGUUUAAAGUUUUUUCAAUAAAAUUAGCAGUGAUGAUUGUGAAACUUUUCAGAAUUCCAGAGCACUUG